CCAACGCGAUGGAUGGAGAUGUCAGGUAUUUACGGCCGGUGGCCCAGCGCUCUAAGUAGUAUUUUCUACUUUGUGAUCGAUUUUAUUAGCGAGAGAUGCAGCAGGUUGCUCAAGGGGAAUUUAGAUUAUGUGAGCUCUAGAUUGCAUGAGUUUAGCCAAGCUAUCUACGACCAAGGCGCUGAGAUGGACCGUAUUUGGGGGUUCGUGGACGGAACCGUUAGGGGCAUUUGCAGGCCAGGAGGGGCUCGGGAGCAGCAAAGUGUGUACAGUGGUCACAAACGCAAACAUGCGCUCAAGUUCCAGACCGUCGUUACUCCAGACGGCAUGAUCUUCCACCUACACGGGCCGGCUGAAGGCCGAAGACACGACAUCCUACUGCUGCGAGAGUCCGGACUGGAGGAACGAGUCCGCCGCGACGGGAGAUUUCAAGGCUACUUUGUCUACGGGGACCAAGCGUACGGCCGUACCGAUGUGUUUGUAUCUCCUUUUAAAGGAUCAAGUUUAACGCCCGCUCAAGCUGCAAUAAACGCCUCCAUGUCGAAGGUCAGGACGUCCGUGGAAUGGCCGUACGGCCAGGUUGUCAACUACUGGGCUGGUGUCGACUACAAGAGAAAAAUGUGCUUGGGAGAAGUUCCUGUAGCAAAGCUGUACAAAACUGCAGUGGUUCUGACCAAUUGUAUCACUAUUCUUCGUGGAGGGAACAAUAACAGCAGAUAUUUUGGCGUGGAGCCUCCGUCGCUAGAAAGCUACUUCUCCGUUUAA